CUUCGUCUAAGACACAUCGAGGAUCUGCCAUGCGAACUCCAGGAGUUUGGCUGCUGUUGGUCGCGGGUGCGUUCUUUGUCUGCUGUUUAUGGAAGAUCGGAUCGAUCAGUCGAUGGAACUCCAGCAUGCGCGCACAGGCUUUAAUUCACUUCGACCUGUCAAUUCCGUCAUCAUCGUCGUCGUCGUCAUUAUCGACGUCACGUCGACCUCCUUUUGAUAGGACUAACUCGAGACUCUCACGCGACGCCGUGCGCAGAAAACAUCGCGGCACUCUGUCCAAGUACAUGCUGCAGCUGUACCAUCGGCAUCCGGACGCUGACGUCGUCCGCGCGAUUCAACCAGUGCACACUUCCGGUUUGCUCAGCGACGGCGGUAGGAUUUUGGAAUUCGCGAUCCCGUCCACCGAAGUUGAUGAGACGCUGGAAGCUGCGGAAUUGCUCGGGAUAGCCGGCGCGAUAGUUAGAGUGCGAUCGUUGAACGAUCUGUCUACGAUGAAGAACGGGAGUGAGGAGAUCCGGAAGUCCAGGAAGGACGACGCGUGGCGGGCUUUUGAUGUCACGUCCAUUGUCGCCGGCAGGAACGGUGAUACGGUUAAGCUUUACGUUCGUGGCAGGCUGACCUAUCAUCCUUAUGGAGAUGGCCCGAUUCUUCUGCUGAAUUAUAGCAAGGUCAGAGACGUCCGGCGUCAUCGACGAUCCGCGGAGGACCAGGAGGAUCAGGAUCGUUGGGACGACGAGCUGCCACGAAGACGACGCCGGAAUAGUUGCCGCCGGAGACCCAUGUACGUGGAUUUCGCCCUAAUUGCGUACGACGAGUGGGUGGUCGCACCGCCAGGGUACGAAGCUUAUCAAUGCACCGGCAAGUGCUUCUUUCCGUUGGGCGAUCAUCUCAACCCAACUAAACAUGCGAUAGUGCAGACGUUGAUGCACGGCGCAGUCCAGGCCAGCGAAGAUCUCCGUGGCAAUAAGUUUAUCAGUAGAGCCUGCUGCGUACCCACCAGACUAGCGCCUACGAGUCUGCUCUACCUGGAUGCCAGAGGCACUUUGACCUACGAAUAUGGCUACGAGGACAUGGUCGUCUCCGAGUGCGGUUGUCGCUAAUUGAUAAAUCACUCCCUUGCUUCAAAAGUGACACAACUCAAAAAAUGUGAUUUUUUAUUAU